AUGGUUAAGCGUAGCAAAGAGUAGUUCUUUAAAAAGAAGAUGAAUACAAAAUUUAAGUCAUCCUAAAAAGGAUCAAAGAGUGGAGCAUCUACUAAUCCAGAUAGAAAAUUACCUGAGAAAUAAUUAAAUGCUAAGCAUUAAUUCUUUAGAUCCAAAUAAACAAUAUAGAGAUUGAAUUUGUACAAUGAGAAACCUAAUAAGUAUUUAAUAAUUUGAAUGUCUAGAGAAGAAAUGUGGAAACAAGCAACACAACCUGCAAGAGUAGAUCCAAAUAGAAAAUGGUUUGGAAAUAUUAGAACAAUUGAUCAAUAAUAACUUGAUAAAUUAAGAUAAGAAAUGGCUAAUAGAACACAUGAUCCUAGAAGUGUUUUAAUCAAGGCUAAACAAUUACCAUUAUCAUUAUUAGUAGAGGCAUAAAAAAAGAAUAAAAAUGUUCCACUUUUGGAAUUGGAGAGUUAUGAAGUAUAUAUAUAUCCUUUACAAAUUUAUAGGAUACAUAUGGACCUAAAUCAAAAAGAAAGAGAAUAAAAUUAAGUGUAGAAACAAUGGAAGGAUUGGCAGAUCAUGCUUAAUAAUAAGAAUAAACAUAUGUUGUUGAGAAAGAUGAGAAAUUAAAUCCAUUAGAAGUUGUGUAAAAGGAAAGUAGAGAUAAAAGAUUGACUGCUGGUUAAUCAAAGAGAAUAUGGGAAGAAUUAUAUAAAGUGAUUGAUUCAUCUGAUGUGUUGGUUUGUAUUCUUGAUUCAAGAGAUCCUAUGGGCACAAGAUCAUAUCAUUUAGAAAAUCAUAUUAAAAAGAAUUGUCCACAUAAACAUUUAGUAAUGUUAAUAAAUAAAUGUGAUUUGAUACCAACUUGGUUAACAUCUCGAUGGGUUCAAUAUUUAUCAAAGGAAUAUCCAACAGUUGCUUAUCAUGCAAAUGUGAAUAAGGCUUUUGGUAAGGGACCAUUUAUAAAUCUGUUGAGAUAAUUUGAUAAAUUCCAUAGAGAUAAAUAAACUAUUUCAAUAGGUUUUGUGGGAUAUCCAAAUGUUGGGAAGAGUUCUGUUAUUAAUUCAUUAAAAAAAAGAAAAGUUUGUAAAGCUGCUCCAGUUCCAGGAGAAACAAGAGUAUGGCAGUAUGUAGCAUUGACAAAAAGAAUAUAUUUAAUUGAUUGUCCAGGAGUUGUGUAUUAACAUGAAGGGAAAGAUGAUGUUGAAGUUGUAUUGAAAGGAUGUGUAAGAGCAGAGAAAUUGGAAGAUCCAGAAUAUUAUAUUCCAGCAUUAUUAGAAAAGGCAAAGGCUUCAGAUUUAAAGAGGAUUUAUGAUAUUGAUGAUUGGAUAGAUGAGCAUGAUUUUCUGAAGAAAGUAGCAAUAAAGAAAGGAAAAUUGGCAAAGGUAAACAAUUUAAUUAUAUCAAUAGGGUGGAGAAGCUGAUACUAAAUCAACUGCUAAAUUGAUACUUAUGGAUUGGUAAAGAGGUGAAAUCCCAUUCUUGACAUAUCCACCUGAUUAUGUAUAAAAGGAAGUUGUAGAAGAGAAUAUAGAUAUAGAAGAUCUUGAAAAGUAAUAAAUAGAGUUGAAUGACUAAAAAUUAUAAGAAAUACUUAAGUAAAAUUGA